CAGGUCUAGAAAUAGCGCCUUUGCUCUUCGCACUGCACUUCUCCUCCUCUCUUACCCUAGCCUCCGCUACUCCCCCUCCCCCUACCCCCUUACGCAGUUCCGCCAUCAAUGGCUCCGAAGAAGGCAGCUCCUCCUCCGUCGUCCAAGCCCGCCAAGUCUGGUGGUGGAAAGCAGAAGAAGAAGAAGUGGAGCAAGGGAAAGCAAAAGGAGAAGGUGAACAACAUGGUUUUGUUCGAUAAGGCCACUUACGACAAGCUCCUCUCUGAAGCUCCCAAGUAUAAGCUCAUCACCCCUUCCGUCCUCUCCGAUCGUUUAAGGGUAUGGAUCUAAUUUUAUAGUAUGUUG